CCUUGUCCUAUGCGGAUUUUACCGCUGACUGCCUGCCGGAGCGGCUCGCAGCAUCAGCAGCAGGCUGGGCUUUAGGCGCUGACAUCCACAUUAAAGGCUUUUCCAAAGAAAAAAAAAGAAAAACGCGCUUCACGGCUCCUCUCUGACGUGAGCCGGGUAUAGGCGCGCGAGGGGAUAAUUGUGGUCGCCCUGGUUCGUGGAUCCCAGAGGAGUGCAUUUUAAAGGGACUUGGAGAGGAGGAGGCAGAGAGGCGAGGAUGCUGAGUGAACGAGGCGGGAGAUGAGCGAUGGCCAAGAGGCGUCCUGAAAGUGAAGAGGAGCAUCCAUUGCUAUAGCAACAGCUCCUGUCCUCUCCUCCCCUCCUCCAGUCGUCCUCUCAACGCCUCUCUUCACCUGUCGAGUGAUUGUUUGCCUUUCCUUUUCUUCCAAAACCUCUGUCAUCUGUCACCAUGACAACCUCAGCCCUACGCCGGCAGGUGAAGAAUAUUGUGCACAAUUAUUCAGAGGCGGAGAUCAAGGUCCGUGAGGCCACCUCGAACGACCCAUGGGGCCCGUCGUCGUCGCUCAUGUCAGAGAUCGCUGACUUGACCUUCAACGUGGUGGCGUUUGCAGAGGUCAUGGGCAUGGUGUGGAAACGUCUCAACGACAGCGGCAAGAACUGGAGACACGUCUACAAGGCUCUGACUCUGUUGGAUUACCUGCUGAAGACGGGAUCAGAGAGAGUGGCUCAGCAGUGCCGAGAAAACGCAUUCACUAUCCAGACUCUGCGUGACUUCCAAUACGUGGACCGGGACGGCAGAGACCAGGGAGCCAAUGUGAGAGAAAAAGCUCGCCAACUGGUGUGUCUCCUCCGGGACGAGGAGCGACUCCGCCAGGAGAGGAGUCAAGCAUUAAAGACCAAGGAGCGAAUGGCUGGGGGAGGCAGUGGUGGGGGUGGGGGUGGGGGUGGGGGUGUUGGUGGGGCCGGGGGGGUGUAUGGAGGUAUACCCCCAUCUUACCACCCAGGGAGGCGAACCAGUCAGCCCAGCAUGGCUGUGCUGUACGGGGAGGAGUUCAGCCGCUCCAGAGGUUCUCCCUCCUCCUUUAACUCCUCGUCCUCGUCUCCGCGCGCCGCCUCAGACCUGGAGCAGGCUCGACCUCAGACCAGCGGGGAGGAGGAGCUGCAGCUCCAGCUGGCUUUAGCCAUGAGCAGGGAGGAGAGUCAGAAGGAGCAAUGCUGUCGCCAAGGAGACGAGUCUCUGUUACAGAAGGCCCUGGAUGAGAGCAGGAGAGAGAGCCAGUCAGAGACACAGGAGUCAGCCAUGCUGGACCUGGUGGACAUAUUUGGCUCUUCAUCUGAGGCCAAACCUCCACCUAGAGACCCUUGGAACUCUUCCCAACCCCCCUGUGAUGACACCUCCGACCCCUGGGACUCUGUAGCGGUCCACUCCAGCACUCCUGUGAUUGGCAGCCCUUGGACAGCCCCUCCCUCGUCUUCAACAGCAUCCAAUCCGUGGGCUCCAUGUGCAAACUCACACUCAGACCCCUGGGAAGCGGCGCCCGUCUCCUCCAGUCCUGUCAAUCAUGCGUGGGACAGCCCAACCGACAGGGAUGGUGCCGGAGCUGAUCCAUUCGUUGAACAGGAAGACGAGAAGCCUAACUCCGAGGUUCCUCAAGUUUCCUCACCGCAAUCUGCGAGUCCCACAGAGGACGAGCUGUUUGGGGUAAAGUCUCCAGACUCUGACCCCUUUGUCGAAGCAGAUUCAAAGCCAGAUCCGUUUGGGUCUGACACCCCGGUGAAGCCCCUUGUGAAUGGACGCGAGUCAUCCAGUCCAGAGAUGUUUGAUCUGACCCGGCUAGCACCGCCCCUCAGUGCCCCGCCCACACGUAUGUGUCGAACUCCAGAGGCCUUCCUGGGACCUACAGGGGCCUCGCUGGUCAACUUAGACGCUCUGAUAACCUCAAAUCCCCCUACCAAGAUGCUCAACAACCCCUUCCUCUCAGGUCUGAGCGCUCCGUCUCCCACCAACCCCUUCCACUGUGACCAGCCUCGCCUCACCCUCAACCAAAUGCGACCGCACUCCACAUCCCCUCUGCCCCCCCACAUGCUCUCCUACAGCCCGUCGCUGCCCCUCCCUCUGCACCACCACCCUCCGAUCCUGCCCUCGUCUUUCACACAACCUCCUGCGGGACUCCUGGACAUUCCCUCCAACCUCCCGCAGCCUCUCCUCCCCCUCUCUCCACGACCGGCAACUCGCACUCAAUCCCAGACACACGCACACAACCACAACCCCUUCCUCUGAGACCGCUGCAUCUUUUGAGACGACAGAAUGGACUCUUUUCUUUUUUGGAUCAAUCUAUGCUGACUACAAAGAGAUUUGUUUGAAUGAGCCUGGACUGGACUAAGGAUUGUGUUCUGAUGUCAUUGUGCACACUUGAAGCGGGAUCGAACUUGGACUGGAUGAAUUUGUGUCUGAAGACACAUCAGCUGCUAUAUUACCUGAACUCUUGAAGCAAAGCUAGCUCACGCACACACACACACACACACACACACACACAUAUAUUUUAUAUACACUCAGGCGCACAUGGACACAAACAUGCACACACCAACAAACAAACAGGGUGUAUCCUAACGGUCCCUUCGAUGCCUUUUCCCCAUCAGCAGAGACGACUCCGAGCACCCUCCGACCACACACAGAACUGUUCCUUUAGCGAUGAGUCCACAGAUGAUGAUUGUCCACCAUCAGGAUACCUUACCGCUGCUGCUUCACCGACAAAAGCAUGAAUGCACCCCACGCCCCCCGAGAAUCCAAACUAUUCUAUUCUGCAGAGCACCUGAGAUGACUCCUUCUAACAAACCCUCUUUUGUUUCUGAUGAGUCAAGUAGUAUCUUGAGCUUUUUUUGGCACAAGUGAAACAGUGGAGACGGUCCAAAGGUUAAAGGUCCUGUGAGGAACUUUUAUUUUACGUACAUGAGAAAGUGUUUUUUUUUGUCAGACGUAUCACUAGCUGUGAGUCUUCAGUGCUUUUUUCUGCAGCAUACAGUAAUAGAGCUUUGUGGGGGGACCAUUUUCUUAAUCAUGCUCCCUCCCGCUCCAGCGAUCCGAUAUCGAUAUUAGGGAGAGAAAAGAAUCUGAUAUCUGAUCGGUUCAAAAUUAAGAAAUUCGUCCAAAUGCGAGACAUGCCUUCCUUUCUUUGAUGUUGUGCUCGUUUUAUUGUCAUUAGUUGAUUCCAUCAUUGUUGGCAUUAGCUGAAUCAUGGACCUGCCGGGAUUUAUUAUGACAGCCCACUCCCAACCGCAGCAACGUUAAAACCGCCGGCAAGAUUUGCGCUGGGUCUCGCAAUCCCAAUGCAACCCUCUAUACAAUAACUCACUUUGUCUGAAACUAAGCAGGAGUGAAUUCAGAUAUUAUAAAAUAACUAAAAAGAAGAAGUCGAUCUUUAGUCUGACGGGCUUGCUUAUUUCUGUCGGUCAUAGAGUGGCUUUAAUAUUAGUUUCAGUUUGUUUCACAGCUAUAAACUCCUCACAGGUGCUUUAAAGCUUUAAGGACACAUUUAGCUCUGUUCAAGAACUACUUGACUCAAGUCUUCCUUUUGACAUGAACACUAUAAUAUUUGAUUUCUAUUUUCCGUGCAAGCUCAGAAGCAUCUGAUACUGAAUGAGUUCGGUUUUGUCCAAGACAAGGAGCCCGAUCAAUGUCCAGAAUGGAUUAAAAACUGGACUAAACCAGCCUAAGCAAGAGUUUAUUGUCACAAUCUGCACCUCCACUGGUCUUGAUUGUUCCCUAUCAGACCCCCGUGCCCGUCUCCACAGCUGACCCACAAUGCAUUCCCGGCUGGAUCAUACUGGGCCCCACAGAGGAGUGAAUGGAAAGUUAUUUUAUCUACGAGAAGACGACAGAGAGAUCAAAGACUUUAUGAAGAGUAAACGAGGAGGAGGAGCUAAGGGAAGAUGAACGAGAACAAAAGUCAGAUUUUUACAGGUGUUAAACUGACAUCAGUUACUUUUAUGAUCGGAUCAAGAGAAUCUGACAUGAAGAGAUUUUUGAUCAUCACUGCACUGAACCUGGACCUGAAUGUGAAAUGCCUGCCCAUAGAUACACACAGGCUUAGUACAUAUGUAUUUAACAGAAUGACUCCUAUACAGUAUUAUGAAAUAUUAUACCAAUAAAUGAAUGGUGUUUGCAUUAUAA